GUUCAGCUCAUUCUCCAUCCAACCGUUAUCAAGCAAACAUGAGUGGGCGGGGCAAAGGAGGUAAAGGGCUCGGGAAAGGCGGCGCCAAGCGCCACCGGAAAGUGCUUCGUGACAACAUCCAGGGCAUCACCAAGCCCGCCAUCCGCCGUCUGGCUCGCCGCGGCGGAGUGAAGCGUAUCUCCGGGCUGAUCUACGAGGAGACCCGCGGGGUGCUCAAGGUCUUCCUGGAGAACGUCAUCCGCGACGCCGUCACCUACACCGAGCACGCCAAGAGGAAGACCGUCACCGCCAUGGACGUGGUGUACGCGCUCAAGAGGCAGGGCCGCACUCUGUACGGCUUCGGAGGCUGAACCCGAUCCGGACCCGCUGACACACGAACACAAAGGCUCUUUUAAGAGCCAAACACUUCCUCGAAGAGUUCUUCCUGUUCGCUUUAUAUUAUAUUCACUUCCAACAGCGUCAAAUGCACUUACAAGGUUUUAGGUUGGACUCUAAUGUGACAUCAAGUGUAGAGAAAACAGCAGUUUAUAACUAAUGCAUUAAUAGAUUACACUAAAUUGAUCAGUAGUUCAGUGAAUUAUAUUAGCUUACAAUAGUAGUACUUUUGUACUUAACCAGCUCAUGUAGCAUCGUAGGAUAAGCCGAACUCGUGAUUCAAAAGAUAAAUUAAAACACCCUAACCCUGAAUAUACAGUUACCGCCAAAUCUGUCAAACAGGAUAAACCUCUUUAUUGUUAAUUUUAUUUAUUCUCUAAAUUAUUAUUCUAACUAAUCACGUGUGUUUACUGAACAGCACAACAGCCACAGGGACUUUAAGGACUUUUUCCUGAUUACACUCACACACUUGUGGGUCAUUAUACGAAAACGUGCCAUUUUGUGUCCCUCAGGAAAAAAAAAGCUCUGUAAAUCUUAAUAAACCAUGAAACAAAUAAAAUAUUUUAUAAUUUAGUUUCCAUAAUAUGUCUCAAAAUAUAAGAAUAAAUUAAUUUCUGUUUCUUUUGUUUUUAAAGGAUUUUAAUCACAUUUUUGUGCAAAGCAUCUUGCAGAAAUGUUGAAAAUGGCCUGUCCCUCUGUAGGAUUUUUCUACUUCUACUUGCUAUCGAGGCCAAAAAGUCAAACUAUCAUAAAAAAACAUAUACUUCUAUAAAGCCUUAAGUGUCAGUUCAUUAGUCAUGAAUGGAUUUUAUUCUUAACAUGUGUAAAAAUAAAAAAAAAUACAAUUUAGUCGGGUCCCUAGGUUCUCGUCAACCCUGUUACUUUUUAUGAAAACCCCUCUUUAAAGAUAAUGGACUGUUCCAAAAGUUGCAUCAGUUCCAGGAAGUGACAUCAUCUGCCUUUCAUGAAGUUGAUGGUAGAAGACAAGGAAGUGUUCUCUUCUUUUUAAUGAAUUUUCUUUGAGUUUAUGUAAGGUCUGAAAGACAGGGACACGCUCAUUGUGUCAGCCCUGUUACCAGAAAAGCAUACGUUAAAAAGUUAUUUGUACAUAUUUAAAAAAUUUACAUAUAUAACAACAUUUAAGCCUCUCAUUAAGGCACAUAAUGUGGUGUCAUUACCUAUACCUCAUGGCUAGUAAUGGCCGCCAAUAACCUUUUUCGUCAACCCUGUUACCAUUCCAGGGUAACAGGGUUGACGCAAGUAUGCUUUUGUGUGUCUUACCCAUGUUGUAUACCCAAGAAGGAUUAAAUCAAGGGCAACUGGACUUGGUACUUCCAUAUUUGAAGAUAUUGCCUCUCAUCCAAGGGUUUUCUUUAGUUCUAAAUGACUGAAAAAAGUACAUGCAUGCAGAAAUAUGGACAGAGUGCCAUUGGUCUUCCAAGAAGAAGGUGGAAGACUUUAGAUGGAAAUACACUUUCUUUCUCUCAGAAAGAAAAGCUCCGCAUUCCAACACAUAUAAAAUCAAGUAUCAGAGCAUUCUAUGACCGGGAUGAUGUCAGUCGGGUCACCACUGGGAGAAAACAGACAAUAACGCGAAACAAAGUAAAAAAACAGAAGAGAUUUCUUGUUGAUACACUGUUAAACCUUCACAGAAAGCACGGCACGUAGAAAUACGGAAAGACAUCUGGUCAAAACUUGUUGGGUAGGCAGACAGGAAUGUUACAUUAAGUGAUCAUUAGUGAUCAUUGACUUUUGUUUAUUCUGUUAAGGCCAAACAUGUUCAACAGUUAGCUUUUCCUUUUGCUCCGGUCCUGAGCGCCAGUACUUAAAACGUUGUUGUGGACGUAGUUGAGGACUAACGACUGUCUGCUGGGCGGGAAUGGUUAACAAAAGAAAUCACUGCAUCACCAUUCACCUUCAGGAUAGAAUCAGGAAAUGGCCACUCUGAAAUGUCGAUAUGUGUCUAAUCUUGAAACCCAAUUUCUCUAGACAUAAGAUUUUUCACCAGUUUACUUCCUCCAUGUUACAACACACUUGAUCUAUGAUCUGCAUUUUGUUUUUUAUACUUUUUUAUAGUGGCCUUUAGUAAGUGAUCGUUAGUGGUUUUUGCUUAUUCUGUUAAGGCCAAACAUGUUCAAUUGGUCAUUUAAUUGCAAUGUAAUGUUAAUGUUUUAAUAAAACAAUUGAUUUACAUUUA